AUGCCAACCUCCACCUCAACAGCUGCUGCAGCCACAUCAAGGAAACAACGUGAUGGGUAUGAAUUAUUAGUCAUUCCACUUGAAGCAGUCAUUGGCUAUACGAAUCUCUUGUCGAAAGAAAACCGAAACUCAUUAUCAAGCUUUAGAAGUCAUGAUUCGGCAAAUUCAUCAAAAAGUAAAACCACCAACACCACAACCAACCUUUCGUCCAAUUUACCAAUUGACAUUGCUCCACUCGAUGAAUUACGUUGUAAAUUUGAAAAUCACAUUUCGAGUGGUGAGUUGAAAAAUUGUGCCACAUUGAAUUUGCAAAAAUUGCAAUUUCUUGACAGAUUUUACGAUUCCAAGAGGAAGAAACCUAUCAAGUUUGAGAGAAAGAUAUUUUAUUCGAAAUUGAAUAGUUUUAUAUUCGAGUUGAUACAAGAUUCGAAUUGUCAAGGAUUGAUUAUUCAGAAUACAGCAGUUGAGAAUGGUUUCUUAUUGCAAUUUGAUAUGAUUCAAUCAGAAAAUGAAGGAAUGAUUCCACUUUUCUCUGAACAUGCAUAUAUUCGAAACUGGUUUUCGAAACAACAAGCUAAUUACAAAUUAUUUAUGGAAGGAAAAGACAUAGCACAAGAGAUUGACAUUGAUAAUGGUCAAUUGGGUUUAAUAGUUAACAUGUUCUAUUCAGAUUUGAAAGAAUUUUUCUUUUACUUUCAAAAACACGAAACUAAAUAUUGUAAAAACUGGAUUGAAGAUAAUAUUCUAACACUUCCUAAAUUCCUCCUCGUUGACUUGAAAGCCAAACAAGAUAAGAUUGCUAAAUAUAGAGAUUUAUUGGUUUACAAAGAAGAGGAUAUGAACAAUAGGAUUGUUCUAGAUUCGGAUUUUGAAUUUAUUUAUCAUUUGGCUGAGCAUACGAGUGAUUGGAAACUUUCUAAACAUUCGAAACUUGGUUCCUGUCAUGUCUAUUCAUCCAAGGAGAAUUACACAACUGUUACAGGAACGAAAAUCCAGAAAUAUGUCCACACUGUAAAUAUGAGUAUUGAAAAGUGUACGAAAGCUUUCUUUUCAUACGAUGCAAAGGAUUUAAUGAUAAUCUUUGGUGAUUAUAGAGAUUACAAGGAAUUGGAUAACAGCAAUUCAUUGAAAAAGUAUAGUAGUGUGGUGAGAAGUUGUACAGUGGAUUUUGGAAGAUUCUUCUCGAAACGUUACUUGGAAACUGUCUUUGCCACAAAGGGAAAAUUUGUGGGUUCUGAAUUGGUUGAGGCUGUCUAUCUAUUCAAGACUUGUGACAUUGCAAAUAAUCAAAAGGAACAGAAAAACAGAUGCAUGACUAUUGGAGGAGCCAUUCUCCAAAAAUGUGGAGCUAAUUCCACACGUUUCACAGACAUCAAAAUGUUCAAUGUUGGUGGAAUCUUACAAAAGGAUUUCAUAAUCAAUAAUAUUGGAAUUAAGUUGUACAUGAAGCAGAUUCCUUCCUACAUGGAUGGCAUGACUAAAUCAUUGGAAAAGAUGGGCGGAAAGGUUGAUGAGAAUGAGAAACCAAUUUGGAGAACUUUCUGUGAUUAUGCCAGAGCCAACUAUAAAAUUGAUCCAAAUGAAUUACCAGUGUUGGAUUAA